GCCCAAAUUCUUCUCUGCUACAAGCGAUUGGCGAUCGUAUUAAUCAUGCCGCCAAAAAAUAAAGGAAAGAAAGGAAAGGCUAACGACGACGAUUAUUGGGAGACUGCUGGUGUAUCAGCGGAGAACUAUAACGCUAUCGAUGACAAGAUCGGGAAAUCUGGUGAUGAUCGCCUGCCCGCUUACGAAACCGCACAAGCUGAGGAUGAGUUCCCGGAGCCGGACCAAAAAACCAAGAAGAAGAAGAAGAAAGGGAAGAACGACGAUGAUGUCGCUCCUGACGCCGCCCCAACUCCCGCACCCGCACAUAAUGGCACUGCUACAGCCCCCGAGGAGGAAGAAGACGGUGAAGGAGUAGAUGCUGGGGAUUCGGAUCCAAAGAAGAAGAAAAAGAAGAAGAAAGGGAAGAAAGAUGAGGACACCGCUCCUGUCGCUGCCCCGACUCCGCUACCUCCUGCACCUGCAAAUAACACUACUUCAACAGCACUUGAUGAUGAAGAAGAUGGUGAAGAAGCAGGGGCAGGUGAGACAGACACAAAGAAGAAGAAAAAGAAGAAGAAAGGAAAGAAAGAUGAGGACGUCGUUCCUGCCGUUGCCCCAACUCCUGCACCUGCAAAGAAGGCUAAAGGCGGCCUCAGUGCCUUGAAGGCCAUGAUGGAGGAGAAGAAACGACUAGAGGAGGAGGCGCGAAGACUAGAGGAGGAGGAACGGAAACGUAUAGAAGAGGAGGAGAGACGAGCGGAAGAGGAGGCAAAGCGCAAAGAAGAGGAGAAACAACGGAAGAAAGAGAAGGAAAAGGCCAAGCUUGAGCUGGCCAAAAAGGAGGGUCGAUACAUGACGAAGAAACAGAAGGAAGAAAAGGCAGCCGCCGAGCUUCGCCGGCAGGCCCUCCUUGCAUCAGGCGUUCAGAUUGAAGGGCUGCAACAGCAGGCAGGUAUUCCGUCAAAGAAGGUCGCGUUCGGUAAUAGGAAGAAGAAGGGCCCUCUUGCCAAGGAGGCCACAGGUUCGCCUACCCCUGAGUCGAGACCGGAAACUCCAGACAACAUCCUCGAAACUUCCCCCCCUUCGCAUGUCGAGCCCGCUACUGAGGAGGCCAAGUUGGACGGUGUGAAGGAUGAGUGGGAUGCAAGCAGCGGGGAUGAAUCAGAUGAAAGUGUUGACUCGGAGGAGACGCAACCAGAACAACCAGAAGCCCAAACGGACAUUCAAGUCGACCAGGAUCUACCCGACGCGGCGCAAGCAGAUGCAAGGACAGCGCAGGCGCAUGUGAGACCAGCUAAGACACAUGUGGCUGCCACUACGGUGCACAGUAAAGAUCAGAAAGAUAACCUUCGCAGUCCUAUCUGUUGUAUUCUCGGACACGUUGAUACCGGUAAAACGAAACUUUUGGAUAAGAUCCGUCAAACAAAUGUACAAGAAGGCGAAGCAGGCGGUAUUACCCAGCAAAUAGGUGCCACGUACUUCCCGUUAGAUGCCAUAAAGACAAAGACUGCAGUAAUGAAUAAGGACAACUCUCAAGAAUACAAGAUCCCUGGAUUGUUGGUUAUCGAUACUCCCGGACACGAAUCCUUCACCAACUUGCGUAGCCGCGGAAGUUCUCUGUGCAACAUCGCGAUUUUGGUGGUAGAUAUCAUGCACGGCCUUGAACCACAAACUCUGGAGUCUCUAAGGCUAUUGAGAGACAAAAAAACACCGUUCAUCGUGGCCCUUAACAAGAUUGACCGAUUAUACGGCUGGAAAGAAACACCCGACGGCGCCUUCCAAGAAUCACUUGCGAAGCAAAAGCGAUCUGUGCAACGAGAAUUCGAAGAUCGUGUACAAAAAACCAUCCUCGCCUUUGCAGAACAGGGCUUAAAUGCAGUCUUAUACUACGAGAACAAGAGUUUUGCCCGCAAUGUUUCUCUGGUGCCUACAUCCGCUAUCACUGGGGAAGGCGUUCCCGACAUGAUCAUGCUGUUGGUCAAUCUUACCCAGCAGCGCAUGAGUGAUCGCUUGAUGUACCUCUCGGAGCUGGAGUGUACCGUCCUCGAAGUGAAGGUAGUAGAGGGCUUGGGCACGACAAUUGAUGUUGUCUUGUCCAACGGUAUCCUACGUGAAGGUGACAAAAUAAUUAUAUGCGGUCUUAAUGGCCCGAUUGUUACUCAGGUUCGUGCGUUGUUAACGCCUCAGCCGCUUCGCGAGCUACGAAUCAAGUCAGCAUAUGUUCACCACAAAGAAGUCAAGGCGGCACUGGGUGUCAAGCUUGUUGCUCCUGACCUUGAUAAAGCUGUUGCAGGUUCACGGCUCCUUGUUGUUGGGCCAGACGAUGACGAGGAGGAUUUACUCGACGAGGUCAUGUCAGACCUCACCACGCUUUUAAACUCUGUUGACAAGUCAGGUCGUGGAGUUUGCGUGCAAGCCAGUACGUUAGGAUCUCUCGAAGCGUUGCUCGACUUCUUGAAAGUCAGCAAAAUUCCUGUAUCGGGGAUUAAUAUCGGUCCCGUACACAAGAAAGAUGUCAUGCGCGCUGCCACAAUGCUAGAAAAGGCCAAGGAACUCGCAGUCAUUCUUUGUUUCGACGUACCAGUGGACAAAGAUACAGAAAAGCUCGCCGAGGAAAUGGGCAUCAAAGUGUUCAAAGCCGACAUCAUCUAUCAUCUGUUUGACGCCUUCACUGCCUAUAACAACGACAUCAUGGAGGCAAAGCGACGAGACGCGGCUCCGCAAGCGGUAUGGCCUUGCAGAUUGAAGAUUAUAGCUGCCUUCUGUAAACGUGAUCCGAUUAUUUUGGGAGUUGACAUCUUGGAUGGGACUCUUCGAGUGGGCACUCCGCUUUGUGUUGUCACGGUCGAUCCGACAACACAGAAGAAAGACAUUAUCGACCUUGGGAAGGUCACGUCGUUGGAGAUCAACCACAAAUCAUUCGAUAUUGUCAAGAAAUCUCAAUCUGGUGGUGGCGUUGCUGUGAAGAUCGAACACGCUGUGUAUGAAUCUGGAAAAAUGUUCGGCCGACACUUCGAUGAAAAGAAUGAACUUUUCAGUCACAUCACAAGACAGAGCAUUGAUGUUCUCAAGACGUCCUUCAAGGCUGAUGUUUCCACUGAAGAAUGGCUCCUAAUCAAAGCUCUCAAACCUCAUCUGAAUGUUCAAUAAAUAUCCAUGACAGUCGGUGGGCCGACGGUGGCGCAUCGGCGGGCCGGCAGCUGUCCAUAGAUCACAACUGAUGCUCCUUAUCGAACUUUUUUGUGUGAUUUUACUUCGGAGUUACAACUGCAACCGAGAUAUUCAAGUGUAUUUAUACCAUCCUGCCAGGCUUUGAAUCCCGCCCG